AUGCUCAGCCGCAUCGUGCUUCCUUUGAUCAAUGAGAUCAGCAUUCCGCCAACAACAUGUUGGCUCAAGAUUAGGUCACCAAGAGGCCGUUCUCAAACGAGAAGAGGAGUUUCUUUGCCUGCAACAACCGGAUAUGCCCCUGGAAGUGCAAACGCCUCCGUCCCCUUUGUCUUCGAGGAGCAACUCAGUCGAGUCCGAAUGAGCAUGGACACUUUACAAGCAGAAGUUGGCAAGGCAGUUCGAGAACUUGCAGGUCACCAGAAAACUCUUGUUGACACCCUUGAGCGUCAGCAGCAUGAGCUGAAUGAUUUACGAGCCCAAAGAGUUCCAAUCCCUCCAAGUGCUUCUCAGUCAGUGGCGGCUGCCAAUGAGGAUCGCUUCGGUGCCAUGGGAGAAACCAGUCCUUUUACUUCUGGACAAGACCCGCCCAUCCAAUUGCCAGUGAAUGCUCAGCAAGGUGCAGGUGGACUUGCAUCGGCGAUGCCAAAUACUGCAGUGAAUGCGAGCUCAAGCACUGGACAUGGGGUAAAAAUUGUCUUACCCGAUGGUACGGAGAUCCCCUUGGGCGGCCAGUCAAAUGCCGCGGGUCCUAAAGUUCCUGGAUCCACACAGCUAGAUGCGCUGCAGAGAAGCGACAAGUGGCUGCCUAGCAUGCCCGUGGUCGAGUCGAAUCGGUGGAAAAGCCGAAUGGAGGAGAUUUUGGGCAUGGAACAGUGGCUCGAUUCAUUUUGCAAUUGGCUAUCUUUGAUUUCAGAGCCAUUUUGCACAGAAGUGAAGUUUUCUGCGACUUCUCCGCUGCCAAUUGACAAGAAAGAUUUGUCAACUGACCAGAUUUCCCGAAGCUCCAGGCUCAUGGCAAUGCUUCGCCAGACCUUCCAGAUGACUCCGCGAGCCAAAAUCAUUCUGCUUGCUUAUGUAGAAGGCCCUGGAGAUAAGAACGGGUAUGAGGCUUUGCGAAGGAUUGUCCAAGAAUACAUGAUCAAGACUCGUGCUGAGUUGAUGCAUUUCCGCACAUCUUUGCUUGGCCGAACUUUCAAAGCUCAAACAGUGACAGAGGUAAUCAAGCAAAUUGAGUUCGAGGAGAGCCGGUACAACAAGCUUGCUCGGAUGUUGCCCUCGAAUGUACCAGCUUCCGAUUUGGCCCUGCUCCCUAGUGAUUUGGUGAUGGUCCUCAUCAAAUCCUUGCCUGUUGGUGUGAGGGAAUAUGUUGUCAUGCAUAGCCCAAGCCAUGACUAUGUGCAAAUGAAAAAUGCCGCUUUGUUGUACGAAGCCAACCAGAGAACUUGGACAGAGAUUGCAGGCAGCAGUUCUGCCACCUACAUGCAUGGAAUGUUUGACACGAAUGACAAGCCGAAAGGAAAGGGCAAAAGCAAAGAUGGUAAGAAAGGAAAGGGGAAAGCAAAAGAUUCAAAUAAAGGUGCAGCUAAGGGCAAUGGUGAAAAGUCAGAGAAGGAAAGGAAUGCCACGUGUUUCCGAUGUGGUCGCACAGGCCAUUUCUCUUCAAAUUGUCAUGCCAAGAAAGACAAGGAUGGCAAGCCGCUUGAAGGGAAGCCCGCUCCAAAGAAAGAUGGAAAGGGAUCUGGUGAAGAGAAAGGUUCCAGCACAGGUCCUCAGAACAAAGGAAAAGGCAAAGGAUCCAAAGGUAAGAAAGUCAAUGAAAUGCUUGAGCAGCCUGAAGGCGAAUCGUGGCCUACCAAUGGUCCAGCUGAAAGUCAGGGUUCCAACGGAGAUGGCAGCCGUGCGUCAGCUGCGAAGCAAGCAGCAGCCCCUUUGAAUCCCAUUUUGCCUACUCAGUCUUGGUUUGAAGACACGAUCGUGCAGUUUGAGCGAGAGCAGAUCACAGAAGAGCAGUUCGAUUUGGUCCACGGAUCAUUUCUCAUGGAGGAACAAUUUUCUUCUGAUUUUGAUUUUUCAUGUUUUGGAAACCCAUCAGAUUUGUGGAGUAAAACCAAGCAUGUUUGUACCAUGUCAGCUGCAGUUUUCAUGCCAAUGAUGCCAGAUGUCCCAUCAGAUUUGCACUGGUGGCUCAUUGAUUCAGGAGCAUCAGCCUCUGUUGUGAGUUCUCGCUUCCUGAAACACUAUAAAGUAGUAAAGAAUCAAGUGCUGGGACCAGCAACCGGCCCUGGGUUUUCAUCGGCAAGCGGUGAGACAAUUCAUCCAACUUCCCUUGUUUGCUUGAAAGCAUUUUUCCGCUUGACGUCCAGAGAAGAUCCUUCAGACACCAUGUUGAAAGAGUGCUUAGUUUCAGCUUUUGUAGCAGAUGUUCCCAAUAAUGUUUUGUCAGUGGGCAGCUUGCUGCGAAAGGGUUGGUCAUUAAGCAGUUCCGGAAGUGAAUUGGAAGUGUGCUUUGGAGGAUACAAUUUGGACUUGGUGACAUGGCAGAAUGUGCCAUGGAUUUUUCACGAAGUUGAGACGGUCAUGGACUUUUCCGAUGAUCGCGAUUUGCAGAAGACAUUUUGGAGCCGUCGGAAAAUCCAUGAUGGUCCGGUGAACACGGUUGAGCAUUUGAGCGAAACUGACAAAUCCAUGUUGAUGACAACCAAGAGACAGCCAGAUGUUUCAUUGGAAGAACUUGACCCCGCUGCUGCAUCCUCUUCUAGCCCAGCAUAUGUUAGUAGUAGGCCUGUUUCCGAUAGUGAAUCUCCAUACCGUGAAAGCCUCAGUGUGGAGCCUAACUCUGUUCCGGAUUCGAGCGAGCCUUUUGAUUAUGAGCCCAAUAUGAUUGUAGACACAAACACAGGAUUUGCAUCCAUUCCUUCAGAAGAGUCUUCAGAGCAUCCAGCUGUAUUGCGAAAACGAGACUUGAAUAAAUCCAAGCUUGAACAACACCGCCGUCAAGGCCAUUUUCCAUUCCAUGCAGAUUGCCUUUCUUGCCAAGCAGCCAAGUCCACGACUCACCACAGAAGAAAGAAGAAGUCGGUGUUGAGCAGUGAGAUGGCAUGUGAUUUUUUCUUCUUGAACUUGGAUAAAGCAAACAAAGAGUCUUUCAAGUAUCUAAUCAUGGUAGAUUUGACCACUGGAAUGAAAGGCGUGGCCCCUGUCCAGUCGGACAUUCGUUUGUCGCACCGAUGGAUACAGGCCUGGCUUGGCGAAUUCAAUAUGUCCACAGAAUGCUCCGAGCCAAUUGAAAUUAUCACGGACGCAGAAGAAGCUGUUUCAAGUUUCAUGAAAGGUGCCAUCAACCACAGGCCAGCUUCAUUUGUCAAAGCGCCGCCGCAAGGUCACCAGACCAUUGGUGGAGCAGAGGCUGGAGUCCGAGCCAUUAAAGAUGCGUUCAACACUCUUCGGCAAGACUUGCGUGAGAAUGGCUGUGAUGUUUGCAUCAGGAAUCAGACAGCUGUGAAUGUGCCAGCUAGCUUGAAGAAAGAUUGCAUUUCCCGAUUUGAGAAGGUGCGACGUUUGAGUGGCAAGCAGAAGCCACCGCCAGGCCUGGGUGAAGCUGAUCAACCCGUCCAGCAGAGGUUUCCAGACUUUCCAGCAAACAGAGAGAAACGAGUUUCGUUUGAUCUUCCAAAGAAUCAACCCAUACCAGAAAGUCUCCCAGUUGAAGGGGGUCAACAUCUCGAUGAGAAUCCACAUGAUGUUCCAUAUUCGCCCAGCCUUGCACCCAGUUCUCCAAAGGCGUUGGACGAGCCAGAAGUCAUCCAUGACAUGGAAGUAGACGACUCUGCUGACGGAAUGGUAGAUCUAAGUGAAUUUGCAGCUGCUGGAGGCGAACCUACAGCCACGGAAGCUAUGGAGCUAGAUUUGGUAACAGCCUUGGAUAACUUUGAGCUUUCGUAUUUAGAAGAGCGUCACAUUGGCAUGUUGCAAUCGGUUUAUCAGAUCCGUGGAGUGAAACCCAAGAGCAGCAAGGCAAACCUUUGUGGGGAAGAAAUCUUACUUUUGUUUCCUGGAUAUGUCAUCAGUGACGCCAAUGGCCAAUAUCUUGACAAAGACCUUGCGUAUGCAGGGAUGCACACUGAAAUCGAUUCCAUGACCAGUCAGAAGGUUGGCAGACCAAUCCAUGAGCAGGAAGCCCAGCGUCUUGCCAAGCAAUGGCAGAUUAGUAUAAUCACUUGCCGAUGGGUUUGUGUUGAGAAAGAUCCCUUGAAUGUUCGCAUGCGACUAGUUGCACGGGAAAUGGCAAAAGGAAAGAGUUCUGCCCGUGACCUCAUGGUUUCUUCGCCUACUUCCAGCAUUGAAUCUUUGAGAAUCCUCAUUGCAGAAGCAGCAGUCCUGGACCUGGUGAUUCUAGGCCUGGACAUCAGUGCUGCAUUCAUGGCUUCUCCUCUAGGAAAUUCAGACACGACUGAAUAUAUCCCAGCAGAUGCCGAGCCCACUGAAUCAACGCAAGUUUCUGAGUUGGAACAAAUUUUGAAACUGAGCCAAAGCCUCGCCGUUGCAGCAGAUGAGUUCACUUUCGAGCUACCCAAGAGAAAUAGGCCUGGACGUGCGAUUUUCAGUGAGAUGAUGAGCCGAUGGGCCAUGCAAUUGAGAUUCAGCCAGCGAAAGGGGGUGCGAAUGUCAUACACCUCUUUCGAUGCGUAUUCAUUGUCUGGUCGCUGGCGGACUCUCAACCAAUCACUAAUCACUUGCUGCAAGCUACAAGCAAACGUUGCCCCAACAAAACAAAAAAAAACAAACUUGCUUUUAGCAAAGUCUUCAAGUCUAUUUGACUUCACGUGA